AAACAGCAGCCAUCACCGAAGCCACUUCUUCCGUCGAGUUCUCGUGUCAACGCAGCCAUGAACUUGGAGUUGCAGCCUUUCAAUGAGUAUCAACAACAGCAUCAACAACAACAACAACAGGCACAGCAACAAGAACAACAGCAAGCUUACCGCCUUCAUCAAAAGAGGCCACCAAAUUGCACCAUGGGAACGACGGGGAUGACAGAAUCACCGUGUCUCAAAAUACGCUCCACGUGUCGCCUGAGCGGCAUAACAGCAACCAUGGCAGUCGUGCUCACAAAGCUCGCGUGA